UAAAAAUUAACCAAACGGUUCUCCUUAGGCAGGCAGAGGUUCUCAUCACUCAGGACAGAACACGCGCGGACCGGCGAGUGACUGGCCAGCACAACGUCACGCUUAAGCAAAGGACUCGUCUAUUUUGAACGAGGCCGAGUGCCCCCGCAGAGGAGCGCGGCGGGGAAGCUUCAACACUCUUACACCGGCCGGGCGUUCCGGCGCCCCGGCUCCCUGAACGCGUGCCCGCUUCUGCCCCGCCCCGGCCCCGCGGGGGCCGCCUCGCUCUGCGGCCGGAAGAGGAACCCCGCCGCCGCGCGAACGGAACGACGGGGGCCGAGGCGAGCCGUUCCCGCGACGUUCCCGCCAGUGGUCGCUCACGUCAGCGCGCGGGAGGACGGCUGCUGUUGCUAAGUGACAUCAGCGCGCCGGUUGACGUAGCGACAGCGGCGGGUCAGGGGGUGGAGGCCUUGUCGGCGGCGGGGCCGGAAAUGGUACAGGUGUUGCUGUGCAGCUGGAUGUUGCUGAAUAGCAUUUCUAUGAGCUUGGUGUUCAAUCUGUCCAUUGUUCAGAAUGGCAAAGAACCCUAAUUUUCAGGAAGUUGGCCAUCUGCCUACAGGCUACGUCCAGUGUAGAUCUUCAGACAGCUUUACUGGCUACCAAUAUCACCAUUCCUCCAAGAUGAGUAACAGCCAUCCGCUUCGUCCUUACGCGGCUGUGGGUGAGAUCGACCACGUUCACAUUCUGUCAGAGCAUAUUGGUGCUCUAAUGAAUGGGGAAGAAUAUAGUGACGUUACCUUUAUUGUAGAAAAGAAACGUUUUCCGGCACACAGAGUGAUCCUGGCUGCUAGGUGCCAUUAUUUCAGAGCAUUAUUGUAUGGUGGAAUGAGAGAAUCUCAGCCUGAAGCAGAAAUUCCUCUUCAGGACACCACUGUAGAAGCAUUUACCAUGCUGCUGAAAUAUAUUUACACUGGUCGUGCUACACUACGAGAUGAGAAAGAGGAGGUUCUCCUAGACUUCCUAAGCCUAGCACAUAAAUACGGCUUCCCAGAACUGGAGGAUUCAACGUCUGAGUAUCUUUGCACAAUACUUAAUAUUCAGAAUGUCUGUAUGACAUUUGAUGUUGCCAGUCUUUAUUCCCUUCCCAAAUUAACUUGUAUGUGCUGUAUGUUCAUGGAUAGAAAUGCCCAAGAGGUGCUCUCCAGCGAAGGCUUCCUAUCACUUUCUAAGGCUGCUCUUCUAAGUAUUGUACUGAGGGACUCAUUUGCAGCUCCUGAGAAGGACAUUUUCCAAGCUUUGAUGAAUUGGUGUAAACAUAACCCCAAGGAAAACCAUGCUGAAAUCAUGCAAGCAGUACGUUUGCCACUAAUGAGUCUAACAGAGCUACUAAAUGUUGUAAGACCUUCUGGAUUGUUGUCACCUGAUGCCAUCCUCGAUGCCAUUAAGAUUCGUUCCGAGAGUCGGGACAUGGACCUCAACUACAGGGGCAUGUUAAUACCAGGGGAAAAUAUUGCAACAAUGAAGUAUGGAGCGCAGGUUGUAAAAGGGGAGCUGAAGUCUGCUUUGUUAGAUGGGGACACUCAGAACUAUGACUUGGAUCAUGGCUUCUCUCGACACCCGAUCGAUGAUGACUGCCGUUCCGGAAUUGAAAUUAAACUAGGCCAGCCAUCAAUAAUCAACCACAUACGAAUACUCCUGUGGGACAGAGAUAGUCGGUCUUAUUCCUACUACAUUGAGGUGUCCAUGGAUGAGUUAGACUGGAUUCGGGUUAUCGAUCACUCUAAAUACCUUUGUCGGUCCUGGCAGAACCUGUAUUUUCCUGCCCGUGUCUGCAGGUAUAUUCGAAUUGUUGGGACCCACAACACAGUCAACAAAGUUUUCCAUAUUGUGGCAUUUGAAUGCAUGUUCACGAACAAAACCUUUACUCUUGAGAAAGGUCUGAUAGUUCCCACUGAAAAUGUUGCAACAAUUGCAGACUGUGCCAGUGUGAUUGAGGGUGUAAGUCGCAGUCGCAAUGCCUUGUUGAAUGGAGACACAAAAAAUUAUGAUUGGGAUUCUGGGUACACAUGCCAUCAGCUUGGGAGCGGAGCUAUUGUAGUACAGCUCGCACAGCCCUACAUGAUCGGAUCAAUACGGUUGCUACUUUGGGACUGUGAUGAUCGGAGCUACAGCUACUACAUUGAGGUUUCAACAAAUCAGCAGCAGUGGACUAUGGUGGCUGAUCGCACAAAAAUUUCCUGCAAAUCCUGGCAAACAAUCACUUUUGAUAAACAGCCUGCAUCUUUUAUCAGAAUAGUCGGAACUCACAACACAGCUAAUGAGGUGUUUCACUGUGUGCAUUUUGAGUGCCCAGCACAAAACAGUACCCACAAGGAUGAGAGUAGUAAGGAAGUGGCAACAACAGAUGUGGGGACUGGUGGACAACAGCUUGUUUCUCGUCCUGUCCGAGCUGCAAGUACUAGUUCCCUGCAUUCCCCUCCUGGAUCCACCUCGCGUUCACAUGCUCACCAACCGUAAAGAAGAUUGAAAGGGAGCUUUUGCAACCCUGCUGACAUUAUAUUAAAUUAUUCAGAACCUUCUUGUGCUGGCACCUUUUCUUUCUUUUUCUCUGUGAACAAAGGGGACCAUGUCUGAAAGCUGGAAAUGCUGAAAUGGAAAAGGCUUUUCCCAAGGACAUGAAGAGACUGCUUCACUCUCCUCAAUUUGUUCAAAUCAGGCUGGUCUUUGAGGGGGGAGAAAAUAGGUCUUCAAUCUUCAUCAAGUACCCCAUUAACACCCUACCUCUGAAUCUAACCAAGGCAAGGAGAACAGAAGGAAAUAAAAGGCAGAGCUACAGUGGAAAAAUCUAAAGUGACUCGAGCAGAAUGGAAGGCAUAUGAAAUAAGUAUUUGUUCCCUGCAGGCUUCCAUUAGGAAAGAAAAUGUUUAUGGAACACAUCGGUCCAGAAUAUAUGUUAUUUUUAAAAGUUAUUCUUAAUUCAUAUUCCUUCGUAACUCGUAAUCUUCUGUUUGCUGAAUUGUUUUGGCUCUGUAUUCCACUUUGCCUCUUAUUUUUGGCUGUAGCAAAUACUGUGCAAUAGAUGAAGGAAGUGUCAAACGUUUACCUGCUGAGACGCAAAUUCCCUUAUUCAUCAGUGGGAUGACAAGAAAAGCCUUCAUGGUAUCAACAAACUACUUAAUGGAUGCUAUAUUAAUCUUGACCUUAGCUGACUUUUCAAAGUACAAAACUGUAAUUUUCUUACACUCAGAAAGGAAAUUCCUAAAUCAAGCAUCCGUCCUGAAGAAAAACGUAUUUUUCAUUCCUGUGGAUGAUUACUUAAAUUUUACCUGUAUUUCUAAGAAAACUUGCAACAGAUCAUCAAAAAGUGUUUGGUUUAGAAAAGUGGAGCUGUAGCUGGUUGCUGACAAGCAGUUGUUCAGAAUACAAAAAGAAGAAUUUGCAGAUACUUAUUCUUUUCCAGGAAAAAAAAAAAUUACAGUCUGGAGCUAAAAAUUCAAAGGCUGCAUGUGCAUAAACUUUUCUCAUAAUCAUCAUAAAAUAUGAUGCUUUUACACUGUCUUGUAAAAGAUCUGGCUCUUACUUUACAGUCACAGAAUUCGUUAUCCAUCUAUGUCUGUCUGGAUCGCAUUGCCUGCUACUUUGAUUAUUCUAAGUGUUUCUACACUGACGAUGAUGCAGUCUCUCUACUCUUCAGAUCUACGUGACUUUUACGAAGAGCUCCUUGUUGGUCUUUCAGUAUGGGAUAAAGUGAUUUUGUGUUAAGACAAACGCUGAUGUAAUUGGCAAAAUUGAUUUGGAGGGUUGUUACUUCUUACAAAGUAUAUUAUAUUGGAAAUGUCAGCUAUCCAGUUUUAUGAACCUGGAAUUCCCUGUGGUGACAAAUAGCCUUGUCAGAAAAAAACAAACCUGUUGUAGGAUAAAUAUGGUUUUCCUUUGCAUAACCAUAGUGAUAAAAUGAGUUAUAUCAAGAUAGCAAAUAGCAUGCUAAUUUAUCACACUACUUAAUUUGAAAGAAUUUCCCCGUUGGAUACUGGUUGUGCUAAAACCAGGAAGAAAUAUAACAAGCGAUAGCAAUGAAUCAGUAGAAACUUCGAAGGAGAAAAACUUCCUUUCUCUUGUUUCAAAUAAAAUUGAUCAGGCUUUAUCAGCAAUAUUACAGUAUUUUUCAUUGCCAAAUUGCAGCUGAGUUUUCACGUUUGCAUACAGCCCCCUCCCUUCCCACUGCUGUCUUCUGACUUGUGAAUGCCUGUGGGUGAAGAUGCAUGCCCGUUGUGCUAUAUAUGGCUUAUCAUAUGUGCCACAGCUGCCUCAGACGGCUUGGAGUUCUGAGGCAGGAUACUGCUCGUGCCAGCCAGCACCUAGUCUGGGGUGCUGAUGACCUUACAGCUUAACAGCCUCUGGAGCAUGAAAGAAUUGAGAUCAGCUACCGAGGGCACAACUCUCUUGUUUAAGUAUAGGUCCAGAAAGUUGGAAUUUUUUUUGCCUUUGACAAGUAAAACCAGAAAACCUUUUUCUUCUGGUUGUAAUCCGUGCUGGAACUACUGAGAUGCAUGGCGCAUGUCUUUGGUAGAUAAGUCCUUCCGUGUCAGUGGUGGUAUUUCUUUUCAGUUUGAUCAAACAGGUUUGCUUUUCUCAAGCUGUGGAUAAGCAAAGGGCAUAACUUCCUAGCUGUUAGACUUCAGUAGUCAUCAUUGUAGAGAAUGUUUUAAAACAAAAUUUUUUAAAGUUUCUGCCAGCUGUUCUGAGUCUAGCCUCUCAGAGAACAGGAUUUUCAGUUUGUAAUCUUUGAUGUUCACAAUUAAUUUUUGUGAUACAAAUAAGCCUUGUAGCCUAUACCCACUGCAGAUCUUUUUAUCUUGUCCUGUGACUCACUGUUGAACAGAAAUGUCUGUCAAUUUCCCAUCACAUUUGCUGUCUGCCAAGAAUCUGAAUGAACAGAUCUGAGGGAUUCCCAAAGCAAAAUCUAUCAGGUCCUAUAGACCCUCCAGUUCCUCAACCCCAAAAAUCAUUCAGAACAAAACCCAACUUCGCUUUGUCCCUGCAUACAGGUGAAUAGAAAUUUUUAAUAUUGGACUGAUUCUCAGUCACACAUGGCCUUUCUCACAGUCUUUCUGUUACUCUUUGAACCUGUCACUGAGGUGAGUCCAAUGUGAUCACAGAGUUCCCAGGCUUUUGAGACAAACCCUGCCGCAGCUUCACAUUUUCUAUUCAAAGAAAUAAUGUUGAAAUAUUUAAGGGGCCUAAACUCUUCUUGGUUGUCUAAGGGUACCUGCCAGCAAACACACCUGAUACCUGUAUCGCCUAGUAUAGGCCUCUGUCUUAAACAUGGUGUCAGCAGCAUAUUACUAGUGACAAAGGAAAAUACCAGGCUGAUUUGUGGUUUGGUGUGAAUGAUCUCAUUCUUUCUAACUGUUGUCUUUAUUUAUUGACUCCCAAUUUCAGGUGUAUUUCAUGUACAUUCUUCUGAAAUACUUUUUUCUUUUAUUUCUUUUUUUUCCUUUCAUUAGAAGUAAGUUGUGCUGUUACAGGUUAAUAUCAGGGUUUAUCAGAGUGAUGAAAUACUAUAAUUAUUCAGAACUAUGUUAUCACUUACUCAUAUUUUAAUUUCAACAGGGGCAGAGCAGAACUGACCAGGUAUUCAUUGCUUUCCUGUCAGAAACUAUAAAAUAGACCUCUUGUUAGAUGUCUACAUAAUGGAACUAACUAUAUUGUCACUAUUGAGCCAUUAUUUCUAUUUAGUUCUUUAGUAUCUUUAAAUUCCACAGGCCUCAUUUUCUCAGUUUUCCUUCCAUAGGUUGAAUUCAGGCUUAGGCUCUACUCAUAUGGAGCUCAACAAAGCUCUUUCUAAAGUCUCUUUAUUUAAUUACUUUUUUUCUAAGUGUAUUUAACAGAUUUUUAUUCACAGAAAUGUACGGCCAAAUAUCAACUCCUUAAAACUGAUUUAUCCAGGAAAAUUAAUUUCUGAAGUGAGUAAAAAUUGUGCCGCUGUUUUCAAGCCAUUGCCAGUCAGCUCUAAAAGAAGUUCAAAUGGCAUGUUAAGUAGAAUUACAAUGAGAGAAGUUAAUCCAAGUCUAACAUAAAAGAUAACACAGAGAAGGAAUUGCCAGUUUCACUAGAGAGGGAACUGUUCUUUGCUGCAGUUUCCUUCCUUUUCUUUCUUUUUACUCCAUGAAGAUCAGUUUUUCUUGUUCGUUAUGACAACUCAUGAAAGAGCUCAGUGCUUUUCAGCAUUGCUGAAAGAUUCAAAUGAAUUUAAUGCAUCUUUACUAAUGAUAACAUUAAAUUAGAGAAUUUUCAGUUUAGUAUCUGACUUGAUGAGAAUUGGUUGCCAUGAAAGAAAGCAAAAGAAUUGCUAUAAUUGUUCCACUCUGAGUAAAUGAAGUUUUCCAACCAAAUGUGUGCGAGCAUCUACUCAUUAUUCAGCGAUGUUUUGUACAUCUAGAGUCAGUGUGAAAAUUAGAAGACAAAGUUAAUGCCAUUCUUAUCUGAUUGUUGUGUGUUAGUAGUUCUGGUUGUACAGUGACGCCCACUCAGAGACAUUCAAUAAGGAAUUAGAUGUGAUUUUACAGAAAGUAGAUGUGCUGUACAUUGCACUUAUCCUUGAAAAUGUUAAUUGGCUUAUAUUUUGACAGGUAUUAAUACGCUGUCAGAUGGACAAGUGAACGCAUUGGCAAUUUUGUUGUUGAGGCUGGAGUAGUCAGCAAAUAAUCAGAGCCAGUAAGAAUUAAUAUAUGUAAGAGUAAAUGUUUAGGCUUGUGUGUUAUGAUAUCAGUUGCCAGAGGAUUAAACCAUACUUCAGAAAUAAUAAUUUGUAGAUCCCAGAGGAUGCUUGAGGCCUGGAUCCCAUCCCCAUCUCUCAGUUAAUGCUGUAUUUAGGUUAGAAUCCUUGUUUCUCUCUGAACUGAUUGUUGUUGUCAGUUGUACUAGUUAACACAGGGAUGUAGAUGAUUUGGUGUUUUUUUUGAAGCUCCACAAAGCUUUGUUCAGGAUACAGAAAUGAAAGUCCUGGGUCAAAUUUCAGGAGUACCUAAAUAUUCAUACAGGUAUGUUAAAUUGAGCUAGUAUUUAAUUAUUUAGCUUGACUUUAGAACAAGUUUUAAAGCUUCAAAACUAAAACAAAUUUCUUUGCAGGGAGGUGUGAAAUGCUACCACUGGUGUGUGGCAGGAUGCUUCCUCUACUUUAUGGUGCUUAAAAGGAGCAAAUGUCUAAACAAGGUAUAGGUGAGCGGGUCCAAAGCUGGUUCUUGCCCAGUUGUUAAGUAUUGGCAAUUUGGCUGUAGUGAGGUGCAUAAAAUAAAGCAAGUUAAAUGCUUAUCUCAAAGACAGGUACAGUCCAAAGAACACACCUGUAUUCCUCAUAGCUACCUUGUGUGCUAUGAGGUGCAAUGUUUACAGAGUAAGUCUUCAUAUGACUUUUGUUAGCUGUUCAUAAAAACCGUGCAGACUUCUCUUUGGCCCCUCACAAGCUUUCAUUGCAAAGGUUUGGCUGAGAUAAUGUGAAAGUCCGACCCAUAUUCCAUGAUAGAAUCUGGUCUGUGUAUGAUUUUGAAAAUGCUUACUAGAAUAAUAGUUUUAAAGUCACCCUGCCACUUUUUUUAGAUAAAGAAAACCCAAAUUAAAAACUCCAGUAUAAUACAAGGAAACUGCAUGUAUCUGUCAUUUACCAAUAGACUGACUACCAGUACAACUACAUACCAGUUUUAUAAUACCGUAUGUGUUUAAUUACUGCAAUAUAUACAAGCGUUAGAAGUGAAGAAGCAUCUCUGCACACCCUUGGCAUUAGGCAUUAUCACCAACCAGGUAUCAGAGAAUUACCUCUUUUCCUGUUCCUUCCAGCCUGAUAGAAUAAUACAACUCAGUGUUCUGAAAAAAAUAUAUAAUUGAUUCAUUAAGUGAACAUCAUGGGAAUUGAAGUUCAGAUAACUUUGGCUAAAAAUCUGAAUGCAUGGUGACUUCACCCUGCACAGGAAUAAACAUGCCUCUCAAGUGCCUCCUGCCACUUUAGGCCCUGGGCAGUCAUAGAGGAGGAGAGCUGCAGUGGUGCUGCAAUGUAAGUACUUUUCCUCGUUGGAACUCUUACUCAUCUAUUUAGUAUUUAUCGUCUUGGCACAUCUGUUCUCAUUGUGCAGAUACUCAUUCCUCGGUUAAAAGAAGGUGACCUACUUUCUCAUGAUGAUUUUCAGACUUAUCCAGUGACUCCUGAAAACUGGCAGAUAUACAUCAACAGCCUCAGUCUAUAUUAAGUAGUCUGAGGAAUUUACAAAACUGACCUGUAUGGUCUUUUACAGCAAAUGCUGUGUCCAAAAAUAUCAGGUGACUCCUGAAAUACCAAGUGAGUUGGGCAGUAUUACUGUUCAGAUGAGAGUUUGUGCAUCUAAAACUACGUGCCAUGUAAUCCGAGUGAACAGGAGUUACCGCAGCCUCUUUCUGUAGAGGCAGCAGGGAACUUGCAUGCCUACCAAAAAUCACUCAUUUCUUUUGCAUCAAAUUUGGUCUACAUCACCUAUCUGUUGUUUCCGUACUCCUGAGCUAUACUUGCUGGGUGAUUUAUGGUUAGUACCUAGAAUCCAGUAAAUGUGUUUAACAAUGGAUGUUAGAAAGUUUCUGGUUUUACAUAAAAAUUUUAGAUUGUGCUUUUGAAGCAUGGUCAGGCCACUGAAUUGGUUUUUUGGCAUCUUCUGUAGCUGUCUUUUGGGUUUUUUUAGUUAUUUUCAGCUGCUAAAAGACAGUAAAACUCUUCACAGGCGUUUCUCAGAGAUUUGUCACGCUGAGAAACAGCUUUCGAAACAGUCAUGGCAGGUUCAUUGCUGGAGAACAGGGACAGGUUUCUUCUGCGUUUUGCAGGCCAGGAUCCUGUUUGGGUCAUUCUGUAAGUUUGUUUAUGCCAUUUUUAAUAACAAAGGCAUUGGUGUUGCAUGAUUUGGAUCUGUUUCAGGAAUUAUGUCACUUAUUCAUUUUGAGAGGUAAAUACUUUGUUUUUAUGCAAAGUUCGUGGGACUUAAAUGAUUAGAUUAGAAACAUAUCACUUAGAGCAAGAGCUGGAGUUGCAAGGAGCAGUUUUGGGGAAAGACUGGUAUGGACUUACACCUGUGCAUCUGUGCAUAUAUAGGUAAGAAAUGUAUGCGUUACCUAAGCUGAAGUCACUGUUUGCAAAGAUGUGUUUCUACAUGCUCUUUUUUUUUUUUUAAUAUAGGGAAUUUUGUUAAGGAAUCUAUCAUCUGAAUGUGAGCACUUAAAAAAAAAAGAGGAAGACAACUUAGGGAGCAAGGGUUUAGCAGGUUUUAUGGGAAGAGCAAUACAAAGAUAUGACUCUUGUGGUCUGAGCUAGUUCAGUUUGCCUCCAGUCCUCACGGCUCUUACUUUUUCCUACAUGCUUCCCCCAGUCUCCUUGUUAUUCCUUUUCUUUUUCUCCCUACCUAGCAUCAUAUCACUGUUGCUGUGGUGUUCCCUGGAACUUUCCUCCAAGUAGUGAUAUAUUAAGGAUUUUUUAAAAUAUAUUUCUUUUUAUCUCUUUGACAUACUGGAUAAAGUAUGCUGGAUAAAGUAUCCUGGUCCCCAUUCAUUCACAUCAGACUUUAAAGGCAACUACUACUAGGCUGUCUGGUGCCAGUGAGCAAAAUUUAAAUUUGGCUGUUGGUGGAUAUGGGAAAUACUAGCCCUUCUGCAGCUUCUACUUCCAUAAUCUGUUUGCAAUCUGUUUGUUACCCUUAAGAGAAAAAAGUAAUCAAUUUUUCAGUGAUUUAAGUAGCAGGUCAGGCUUUGUGCAGGCUUAUCUAAUUUAAUUUUAAAUAUAAAUUUAAGUAUUUCUCUCUCGCCAUGACGCACCAGAUAUACUCUCAAUUUGUUAGCUGUGCAUUGCUCAGCGUGUCAGUUGUACAUAAGUGUUGUUUUUCUAAAUAAACUGCAUCAUCAGAAGUGAGCCUCAAAAGAAUUCUUAACUCCUCAGCGUUCCUGUGUGAAGGUAUUUCCACUGUCUGGAGACUCGCACAUCACACUGAGCACAUAGACUCAUUUUGAGAAGUAUAGCAUUACUUCACCAUUCAGUGCCCAUGUCUACUAACCUUGUCCAGUGUCUUGUAGAAUUUUCUUUCCUUCCUACUCUGCUCAAUUUCAUUGUUAUCAUUGGUUUUCUUUGUGAAGCAGAUGUUAAUGUUGUUCCUUCAAAGAUCAUAAAUUAAAUAUAAGGAGCCAGGCUGAAUAGAAGUUCAGCUUUUAAGGAACUUUUUCACUCAUUUCUGUCAGCGCUCCUCUUUCCUGACAGUCAGUAGUUUAAAACUGUAUGGUUACACUCCCCUUCUCUGUAGCAAUUUUCAUUGUAUCUUGAGAGUUUUGUGCAUUAAAUCCCUUUCCUUCUUUCUCAUAUUUCCUAAACGUAGAGUGGUUCUAAACUACCUCAGACCUUGUUGUGAACAGGUACGAGUCUCAGCUAAAGUUUUCAGACUUUAUCCUAGUCUUUGAAUGUUCUUUAAGUGUGUAUACAUGUAGUGAAAUCUGCCUGCCAGACCCCGAUUACAUUUUCAGGAAUACUGUCUUGAGCGAGACACGCAACUGGGAUGAAUUCACAUUCAGGCUCAUAUUGCUCAUACCUCUUUCAAGAAAAACUUUUCAGGAGCACAACUUCUGGUAUGGGAAGUGCUUCAACUUUCUGGUCUCAGCUCUUUGAAGGAACAUGAUAUUCCCUGCACUGGUCUACCUUCACCUCUCUUACUGUGACAACAGUCAUAAAAAUUGCAUCGUCAGAUCUCCAUUUCUCUUAGCAGGAGCUGUGCUAUUGCAUUGGACUGUGCUCAUCAUAUGAGAAUAAACCCCCCAUGGCAUGUUCUGAUGACCUUGGUAACGUUUUAUACCACAAUGGAUAUGCAUUGUGAACCAUUCAGGCUACGUAGGUUUCAGGUAAAAUGAUGGUUGCAGAUUGCGCUGCAGUGAUCCAGUCAAAAACUUUGGGAAUUGUCUGGUUUUGUAAGUUAUCCAUUGAACAACCCGGCAAACCUUGUUAGUACUGAUUCCCUUUUCACCAGCAGACGUGCACAUCAUCAAACAAAUAUUUUGUAACAUGGAAUUUUCUAUGAGCAUCUAGGAAAAAAAGCAUCACAAUUAUAUCCUUAGUAACAAUGUGUGUAUUUGUAAUGAAAGUUACAGAAUUACUAAACUGGUAUAAGCUAUUCUGUGCAUGCUCUAGCGUUGUAUUAACAGUUCGUAUUAACAGCUGAUAAGCAGAGGGUUCUGGAGAGGAAGGAAGGCUGGCUCCUGGAUUUCUUUCUUAAGAGUUUCAAAGAGCAGCAAAACUUGCCAGAGUGGAUGCAGGAUCAGACAAUGCUCAAAGCAAAUCAUAAAGUGGAACUGUUGUGCUUUGUAUUUAUUUCUCGGGGGGGAGGCGGUUCUUUAAAGUAUUUAACUUCACAGGAAAACAUAGAAUAUAUUUAAAAUAGUGACAGUUAGAAAUGCACCUUUUCAAGAAUGAGAGGGGUGUGAUUUGAGAAAUAAAGUGAUCUUUUGUGUUUAA